AGAAAAGAAAAGAAAUGAAAAAGGCAAAAUCUACUGCUGAAUUUGCUACUAAUAAUAACAGCAUUGCCUUCGUUUUCGGUUGACAGAGAAAAUUUCAGCUCUCAAAAGGGCUUCUAAUAAUAAUAAUAAUAGGUAAGCCUCCAACACCUCCUCCUUUGUGUAUCAUCUUGAGAAAAUCGAGGCUUAUUGUUUUUUUAGAAGAAGAUUAAAUCGUUCUUGUGUGUUGUGCAAUUUAGACUUCUUGUCGUCAAAUAAUAGUCUCCCAGACAAAACUCUUUCCUUGCAUACUACUUGUUUUUGUCAAAUUUCUCUUUCUUUUGUUUCUUUUCUUGUGUUUUUUCUUAGCAGAUAUGCCUGAAAAGGGAGAGAACCAAUCAUGGCUUUUUUACCGUUCAUACUUUGUGCUUCAAUGGCGUCUUCACAUGCUCGCAGCUUUUGUUUUCCUUGUCAUGGUUGUUCUUUGUAGCAUGGAUGGCGGUACCAUUAAAAGCGUUGUGGAAUCAAGAAGGUUCACCAAGCAAUAUUUGACCAUUAUUCCUCACACACAACACCCUCUCACAAAUCUAAAUGAGCAGAAGCAGCAGCAGCAGCAGCAGCAGCAACAAACCCUUCAAAACUUCUCUACAAUCACAAAGAACGUCACAGCAGACACCACAUUAGCCCAAGAGACCAACAACAAUAAUACCAGUGCCCCUCCUAGAUUUAACAUGGUACUAAACAACGACAAGAAUGUUUCUUUUCCUCAGAAUCAUUCAGAUGGAGUUUUGGAGAAUCCAGCCCCAGGAAGGCAUCAAUCAGGUGGUAAUGUGAAGUGGGUAUUAACUGAAUUGGAGCCAAACUUGACUGCAUAUCUUCUUUCAAGAUGGUUAGCCUCCGGAGGGGAGCCUUGUAGAGAGUCACGUACAGUGGAGAUCGUGAUUCCUGGAUUGGAUGAUAAAGAUUCGAUUGAGUUGACAGCUGGUGAUCGUCAUGAAUUUGGUUUUCAAGCACUGGAUGAGUCCAAGAAUCUUGUUUGUUUAGGUGGAGAUUAUUUUGAGACCGAUCUUUCAGGGGAGACAUGGAAAUCAAGGCCUUUAGUCAGAGAUUUUGGAAAUGGGUCUUACUCUAUUUCGCUUCAAGUUCAUCCUGAUUUUGCUGGUGAUUAUAAUCUUACUGUUAUUUUGCUCUAUAGGCAUUUUGAAGGUCUUAAAUUUUCACCGUGGAGAUUUGCGUUUGAUAAACAAUUGCGUAAGUUUCAAAUCAAGUUUGUUAAAGGUCACACUCAAUUGCCAAAGAUUAAAACUUGUCAAAAAUCUGAUUUCAUUAGAGAUCUUUGGUUAGGAAGGUGGACUAGGUAUGGUAAAAAUGAUGGCUGUCAAAUUAGUAAUGAUGGCCGUUACCGCUGUCUCGCGCCAGAUUUUCCAUGCCAAAGUCCUUGGUGUAGUGGUUCUUUAGGGAUGUUAGAGAGUAAUGGCUGGGUGUAUUCUAGUCAUUGUUCAUUUAGGCUGUUUUCAGCUGAUUCUUCUUGGAAUUGCUUGAAGAAUCGGUGGAUUUUCUUUUGGGGUGAUUCAAAUCAUGUUGAUACUAUAAGAAACAUGCUCAAUUUUGUGUUGGAUUUGCCUCAAAUACCAUCAGUUCCUAGACGGUUUGAUAUGAACUUUUCAAACCCGAAUGAUGCUUCUCAGACUGUUCGGAUUACUAGCAUUUUCAAUGGUCAUUGGAAUGAAACACUGAAUUAUGAAGGAUUUAAUUCCUUGGCAGAUGAAGGAUUUAGGGAUUUGUUGAAGAAGUACUUCUCAGAGGACACGUUGCCAGACACUAUAAUCAUGAAUUCAGGUUUACAUGAUGGUGUGCAUUGGCGAAAUUUGAGAUCAUAUAUGGCGGGAGCUGACUAUGCAGCAUCAUUCUGGAAAGAAGUUAUGGAUUCAGUGAGGCGGAGAGGUUUGGCAGUUCCACUCAUCUUUUACCGGACAACGGUGGCCACCGGUGGGUAUGCAAGGACUCUGCAAUUUAAUCCGAACAAGAUGGAGGUAUAUAAUUGGGUUGCUUUGGAGAAAUUUAGGCAAGCUGGGUUGGUUACUGGAGUGAUAGAUGACUUCGAUAUGACUUUUCCAUGGCAUUUUGACAAUCGUUGCAAUGACGGAGUACACUAUGGCAGAGGUCCAGCUAAGAUGAAGUGGAGGGAUGGUGAAAUUGGCCACCAGUAUUUUGUCGACCUCAUGUUGGCUCAUGUGCUGCUCAAUGCUCUGUGUUCAAAAUAGCAAGUGAAGGAGGUGGUUGAUUUAUUCUUUUUGGCUGUCUAUAAACAGUGAGGAGCACUGUUGCCAGCUUUGCAGAACUAGUCAGUGCAAGGAGUUGCAGGCAAAGCUAAAAAUUUAUGUUGAUAUGGGCUGCGGGCAUUUGGAGGUAAAUUCAAGACGUAGUGAUUUUCACAUGUUGGUUCACGCCACACUUUCAGUUAGGAUUGGGAUUCUUUAUUUGUUUAUAGAUGCAAUGUUGUACAAAGGUAUAUAUUAUGAGAUGCUGGAAAUUUUGAAAGACAAUAGCUAUAGAAUCUAUUAUCAUGAUCUACU